CGAGUACGCCUGCGCCCGGGUCUGAAGUCCGGACACUGCGCCUGCGCAAGAUGCCCCUCGCAAACAGCGCGCCGGCGCAGGAUCGCCAGUGGCCUAGGGCGCAUGCGCCGGAGAAGCUCCUGCGGAAGCGAGUGGAGGGCGGAGCAGCGAGGUGUAGAUACUGCGCAUGGGCCGAGCAUGACGUUGAUGUUUGACCGUACCCGCGAACCGUAAAGGCGGUAUCCGGCUACUUGAAACCUUCCUCGGGCUCAAGCUUCGGGAACCCAAGUAUUGAGCCCACUAGGAGGUGUCAUGCUGAAUUUUCUUUGUUGUUUUAAGCCCUAGAAUCUUGACUCUGGAGUUCGGGGCACGCUCGGUUCUCUUUCUCGAGCCAGAGUUUACUAGGUCUCGCGAGAUCUGUGGGCUGACCCGAGAGUGGCCUGGGAGCUGGUAUCUCCUAGGAGCACGGCUAGGCUCUCUAAGCCAUCUGGACUCUGCCUGGCAGCCGGGCAGCCAUGGAUGAGGACCUGGUUCUGGCUCUUCGGCUUCAGGAAGAGUGGAACUUGCAGGUCUCGGAGCGCAAUCCGGCCCAGGAGCCCCUGUCGCUGGUGGACGCGUCCUGGGAGUUGGUGGACCCCACGCCGGAUUUGCAGGCCCUGUUUGUGCAGUUCAACGAUCGUUUCUUCUGGGGCAAACUGGAGGCGGUGGAAGUGAAGUGGAGCUUGCGAAUGACGCUGUGUGCUGGGAUCUGCAGCUACGAAGGGAAUGGUGGAAUGUGCUCCAUCCGGCUCAGUGAACCCCUUUUAAAGUUGAGGCCCAGGAAGGACCUUGUGGAGACCCUCUUGCAUGAAAUGAUACAUGCCUAUCUGUUUGUCACCAACAAUGAUAAAGACCGUGAAGGGCAUGGUCCAGAGUUUUGUAAACACAUGCACCGCAUCAAUCGCCUGACUGGAGCCAACAUAACAGUCUACCAUACUUUCCAUGACGAGGUGGACGAGUACCGGCGACACUGGUGGCGCUGCAACGGGCCAUGUCAAUACAAGAAGCCAUAUUUCGGCUACGUCAAACGCGCCACCAACAGGGCGCCCUCUGCUCACGACUAUUGGUGGGCUGAGCACCAGAAAAACUGUGGAGGCACUUUCAUAAAAAUCAAGGAACCAGAGAACUAUUCAAAAAAAGGCAAAGGAAAGACAAAACCAGGAACACAGCCAGUGUCAGCAGCAGAGCCUGAAGAUAAACCCAACAGAAGCAAGACACAGUUGUUAAUCCCUUUUAGUGGGAAGGGAUAUGUUCUAGGAGAGACAAGCAACUCGCCUUCCUCUGGGAAAUGGAUCACUUCACAUGCUGUUAAUAAAACCCAAGAUCUUUUCAGUCAAGACCAGUCAGCCAAUGCCCUAAGAUCUAAUUCUAAAACUGUGGUGAAAUUUGAACAGAAUGGUUCAAGUAAAAAGACCUCCCUAGUCCCGUCUGUGCCCAGCUCCAAACACCAAAAUGUUUUAAGCAACUACUUUCCUAGAGUAUCAGUCGCCAGCCAGAAGGCUUUCAGAAGUGUGACUGGAUCUCCAGCGAAGAGCCUAACAGUUGGGGACAUCACUAAAAACUCGCCGCCUUCUAGUUCUCAGAGAAGGGUUACGUCUUCUAAGGUGUCCCUAAGAGAGUCUUUCAAAGCAGUGGAAUCGACAUCUGUGACUGUACCCCCUGGGGACCAGUGCCCAGGUAAACGACCCAGGCUGGAAGAUAGGGCUGCUUUUGACAAUUUUUUUAUCAAGAAAAACCAAAUACAGAGUGGAGGUAAUGAUCCCAAGUGUCCUUCACAUCUUCCAGCUGCAACUCCGAAUCCAAGCAGUUCAUCCAGUUGGAGCAGAACAGUUAAUUGUCCGGUUUGUCAGAGUGAAGUUUUGGAGUCUCACAUUAACGAGCACUUGGACAGGUGCCUGGAAGGCGACAGCACCCAAGGCAAGAGCUGAAAAUGCCUUUGAAAAAUGAAUGGAUCUCACCUGUCCACUGCAUCACCUCAGGAAUCUCUGGUUAAUGCCAAAAUCUGCAGGUUAUAAUCUAGCUUACCAGUACUAAGUGUACUAUUUUAUAUAUACAUACAUGAGGUUGCAAUUUUAAAUCUUUUAUUUCUAAAGGUGCUAUCAUUCACUUACUUGCCUUGCAUAUACUGUAGCCCAGAGUGUGUUCUGGAUGCAUACAUGUAUGAUUUUUAGCUCCUUUUGUUUUUGCUUGCUCUUAAAAUUAUUUAAAACUGUUCAUCUUUUUAUUUGUAUGUCUUCCUUAAAAUAUUCACUGAGAAUCCUGUCAGGUAUUUAGUUAAAUGGGAUAUUUAUUAAUAUUAAAACUCAUUCUCAGAACUGUUAAUAUUCAUAGUGCCAGACAUUGACCAAAAAUAUAAUCUCAAGUACAGUAUAUUAAUUGUUUUACAGUACUCAAGGUUUUGGGUUGUUUUUUUCCCAAAAUCUUAAGAGGAAGUACAAAGAUUUUUAUUUCACUUUUCACUAAAAGGUGGCAGCAGAUUUUAGGUUAAAGUAGGUAAGUAUAGUAAGAUAAAUUUCUUUUAGACUAUUACUAGCAACGAAUAGCCACUGUAAUUCUGUAGACCAGAGUUUUGCUAAAUCCUGAGAAAAUAGCUAAAUGAGUGAUUAAAACUCAGUGCUAAGUAACUGGUUUAUAUAACAUAACAAAAUUGCCUUGUUUAUGUACAUGGAGAACCUUAUCUGGAAACAGUGCUCUGAACCUUAAGGCAAAACUGAACUGAUUUAGGAAUAACAUUUGCGUAUGUAAAAAAGUCUAUCUCUUUGAAAAAAAUUCUUUUCCAUAUUCUAGUGAAGGGACAAAGUUUGAUCAAUUUACUUUUUUGUCUCAUGGCUAGACCACCAGCCCGUUGGCAUAUAUCCAAGGCCUUAGUUCACAAGUUUCCUUGUUCUUUGUUGCGGUGUGACUUUUCGUACAUACAGUGCAGCUGGGUCCUCCUGUGUGCGCGCUGCCAUUGCAGCUCAGUCAAAGGAGGUUCUCGUGGCACCUCUUCCCAGUCAAUACCCACACCCCGCAAAGUACUGCUGUUUUCACCUGUCACCACAGGUUGGUUUAGCUUGUUUUGGAACCUCAUAAAGUGCUAUCUUUGUUGCUGUGUGUAGCAAGUUUUUCAUUGCCCUGUAGGACUUGUAUGAAUAUGCCAGAGUUUAUUCACUGGAAUUAUCUCCUGUUUGGGGCGUGGGCUAUUAUGAAUAAUGCUGCUAAGACCAUUCUUACUCGUUUCUGUUGAGCAUAUGCCUGGGACUGGAAGGCAGGUUUUACCAGGUGCCUUUUUGUUCAGCUUUAGUAACUGCUGCCGCUGUGUGCUCCUGCCGGCAGCGUAGGAGACCGAGCUCCAGCUGUUCCAGUCUUCCCGCCACUAUCCAUGCUUUUCACUUCAGCCUCUCUGGUCGAGUGUGUACAGGUUUUAAUAGUUCUUAAGCACAGAGUUCAACAAUAGUACUUAAUAAACAUUUAUAGAUGAAUGACUUAAAAUGUA